UGGCGAUGGGCAGCGAGGGGGAGCGAGGCCCGGCGGCGGCCCCGAGCCCGGGGCAGGGCGACCCGCAGGCGCUGCGGAGGGACUGCCAGCACCGGAUCUUUGUCAACCGGAGCCUGGCGCUGGAGAAGAUCAAGUGCUUUGGCUUUGACAUGGACUACACCUUGGCCAUGUACAAGUCCCCCGACUACGAGGAGCUGGCUUUUGCCCUGUUGCUGGAGCACCUUGUCGCCAUUGGGUACCCCCCCGAGAUCCUUGCCUACAAGUAUGACCCCACGUUCCCCACUCGGGGGCUGGUGUUCGAUGCCCUGUAUGGGAACCUGUUGAAGGUGGAUUCCCAUGGGAACCUGCUAGUCUGUGCCCAUGGCUUCCGCUUCCUCAAGGGAGCCGAAAUCCUCCACUAUUACCCCAAUAAGUUUAUCCAGCGGGAUGACAUGAAGCGCUUCCACAUCCUCAACACACUCUUCAACCUCACGGGUGAGACACAACCCGUCUCCCUCACACCCCACCACCUUGGGGUGCUGUCCUGUCCUGCACCCCCUCUCACAUAUCCCUCCCACACAGAGGCCCACCUCUAUGCCUGUCUUGUGGACUUCUUCACCAACUGCUCCAGAUACGUAAACUGCGAUACCGGCUACAGACAUGGGAACCUCUUCAUGUCCUUCCGCAGCAUGUUCCAGGAUGUGCGUGAGGCCAUGGACCACGUCCACCUCUCUGGCUGCCUGAAGGAGAAGACGCUGGAGAACCUGGAGAAAUACGUGGUGAAAGAUCCCCGUGUGCCACUGCUGCUGAGCCGCAUGAAGGAGGUGGGGAAGGUCUUCCUGGCCACCAACAGUGACUAUACGUACACGGAUGCCAUCAUGUCCUACCUGUUUGACUUCAGAGAUGGGGACAAGGUGGACACCCCGCAGCGCCCCUGGAGGUCUUAUUUUGACCUGAUUGUGGUGGACACCCGCAAGCCCCUCUUCUUCGCUGAGGGCACUGUCCUGCGCCAAGUUGACACGGACACAGGGAAGCUGCGCAUUGGGACGUACACCGGCCCCCUCCAGCACUGCACUGUCUACUCUGGCGGCUCCUCAGAUGUGGUGUGUGACCUCCUGGGCGUGAAAGGCAAAGACAUCCUUUACAUGGGGGACCACAUCUUUGGGGACAUCCUCAAGUCCAAGAAGCGGCAGGGUUGGCGCACCUUCCUGGUGGUGCCUGAGCUGGCCCGUGAGCUGCAGGUCUGGACAGAGAAGAGCGAGCUGUUUGAGGAGCUGCGGAGCCUUGAUCUCUUUCUGGCUGAGCUGUACCAGCACUUGGACAGUGGCAGCAGUGAGCGCCCAGACAUUAGCUCCAUCAAGCGCCGGAUCCAGAAAGUCACACAUGAGAUGGACAUGUGCUACGGGAAGAUGGGCAGCCUCUUCCGCUGCGGCUCACGCCAGACGCUCUUCGCCAACCAGUUGAUGCGCUACGCAGACCUCUAUGCCGCCUCCUUCAUCAACUUCCUCUACUACCCCUUCAGCUACCUCUUCCGGGCACCCCCUGUCCUGAUGGCACAUGAGUCAACAGUGGAGCACACUCGGCUGGACUCGGGGGAGGUUGGCACAGCCCUGCCCCCCUGGCUGGCCCAGCAUAGCCACCCUGGCCAGCAGGUCCCCCAAGACUCCAGCGGCGAGGAGGAGGAUGAUGGAGAAGCCUGAGCCCACCCCAGCACCAAUGGCUGCUGCUCUGGCAGGUGCCAGCCCCACAGGAGGGCAUUUGGUGGCCCUGGACCACUUGCACUGCCAGACCAAAGCCACCCAUGGUCAGCUGCCACCUUUGAUGGCCACAGGAUGAUUGGUGGCCCUGCCUGUGGCCCCCAUCACACCUGUCCUUAGGCUGUGGGGCCCUUCUCUCGACUGUGCCUGAAGCCAGGAGAGGGCCCCCCCAAUUCUGCUGGCUGCCCCACUUUAACUAACAUCCUUCCUGCCAGCUCAAUGGCAGCCUGGGGCCACCCAAUGCCAGGGUGAGCGGGCAGUGUUGCUGCUCCGGUAUCACUGGAGGCCCUGCACCAGUCAGGGCCCCUGCAGCUCCUGUCCCUCCAGCCUCUCCACUGUGGCCCUGGGUGCAGGGGGAGGCUCUGGAGGUGACAGCUGCUCUGUGGGAACUCCCUUCACCUGCUGUUCCCCUCUUCUGUUUGCUACCCUUUUCUAUUUAUAAAAGAUACUCAAACUCCUGGCACCACAGAGACAUAAAAUUGGCUGUUUUAAAGGAAAACUGCUUUGUCCCUGCACCUGGGAGGUGGGGGCAAAGGGCAAUUCCCAGCAGCUGGGACAAGCACGAGCCCCUGGGCAGAAGGUGGCAGCCCCGGGUCACCUCUCCUCUGCAGAGGA